GCUUCGCUUUUUCAGUCUCAGCCCACGGGGUCAAGUCCCCGUCUCCACCAAUAAUCCCUCUCCCUUCCUCUUCCUGAGCACCAUGGAUCCUCCUCUCUAUGGUGUCUCUACCCUCUUCCUCCUGCACUUUCUCACUCUUUUACCUCUUCUUAUUGCAUUGCCUCACACUCCCACCUUCAAUCCUCCUUCUCCUCCAUCUUCCUCUCAGAUCAACUCCAAUUCGGUUCUCGUUGCCCUUCUAGAUUCCCAUUACACCGAGCUCGCUGAGCUUGUCGAGAAGGCGCUUCUCUUGCCCAAGCUCGAGGGCGCCGUCGCCUUCCAUAAUAUUACCAUUUUCGCCCCCCGAAAUGACGCUCUUGAGCGUCAGCUUGACCCCGAGUUUAAGCGCUUCUUGCUGGAGCCCCGCAAUUUGAGGUCCCUGCAGACCCUUUUGAUGUUUCACAUUGUUCCCAAACGAAUCGGAUCCCGUGAAUGGCCCUCUGGAAAAACCGCCUCCGCUCGGCACCGGACCCUCAGCGACGACCACUUGCAUAUAAUGAGCAAGGGCUCUGGGAAGAAGGUUGUUGACUUGGCCGAGAUUGUUCGCCUCGACGACGUUGUUCGCCCCGAUGGCGUCAUUCACGGGAUUGAGCGGUUGUUGAUUCCUCGAUCGGUCCAAGAGGAUUUUAAUCGCAGGAGGAAUCUGCGGGAUAUCUCGGCGGUGCUGCCGGAGGGUGCGCCGGAGGUCGAUUCCAGGACUCAUCGUUUGAAGAAACCCGCACCUGUACCCGUGGGGGCUCCACCGGUACUGCCAAUUUACGACGCCAUGGCGCCAGGUCCUUCGCUAGCUCCGGCCCCGGCACCCGGCCCCGGUGGUCCCCACCACCACUUUAAUGGAGAGCGCCAGGUUAAGGACUUCAUCCAUACGCUCUUGCAUUACGGCGGGUACAAUGAAAUGGCCGAUAUUCUGGUGAACUUAACAUCUUUAGCCGCCGAGAUGGGAAGGUUAGUCUCAGAGGGGUACGUCUUGACCGUGUUGGCUCCCAACGACGAGGCCAUGGCCAAGUUAACCACAGACCAAUUGAGUGAACCGGGCGCACCGGAGCAGAUAAUAUACUAUCAUAUCAUCCCGGAGUAUCAAACCGAAGAGAGUAUGUACAAUGCCGUCAGGAGGUUUGGGAAGGUCCGGUACGAUACCCUGCGGUUGCCGCACAGGGUCGUGGCUCAGGAGGCGGAUGGGUCUGUGAAAUUCGGGCAGGGUGAAGGGUCAGCGUAUCUGUUCGAUCCUGAUAUAUACACGGACGGCCGAAUUUCGGUGCAGGGCAUUGAUGGAGUUCUUUUCCCCCAAGAGGAGGAGCCUAAGACACAGCGCAGAGCACCCCCUGCUGUUAAAGUUGCGACCAAACCAAGAAGAGGGAAGUUGCUGGAGGUAGCCUGUAGUGUGCUUGGAGCUUUUGGACAAAUCUGCUGAUGGAAUCGCUUGAAAAAAAAGAGUAGAUUUAUGGAAACAAGUUGAGUUGUGGGAUUUUCGUAGGAACUCUGACAGGAUCAUUUUUUUUUUUGUCAUUUUGUUUUACAAAAUGUAAUUAGAUGUCAUUUUUUGAUUUUUUAUUUUAUGUUGAUUAUGUGUCUCUGUAGCCUGGGUGCAAUAAACAAUCUUUGAAUACGACACCCUUCACGGGUCCAUACUUUUUUUUCCCCACUUAGUUUUGGGGUGAAUCAAA